UUUAUCUUGGCCUCCUCUUCUCGUUUGUCCUUUUAUUGUUUCCUUUCUGAUUUUCGCAUUUUGGCGAUAUCAAUUAAUGAACUCCGCCUAUGUCUUCUAGGCAUAGCCGGUCCCAAGCCCGGGUAAAGGAGGAGGGUUGUGAUAGGCUUGGCGAGCCAAUGUAAAAACUAGCCAGUCCCAUGAGUAUGAAACUCAUUUGAGCGAGAGUAGUACUAGGAUGGGUGACCUCCUGAGAAGUCCUCGUGAAAGGGUUUCAUAUGUAAGGGUUGUGAUAGGCUUGGCGAGCCAACGUAAAAAACUAGUCAGUCUUUUGGGUAUGAAACCCAUUUGGGCGAGAAUAGUACUAGGAUGGGUGACCUUCUGGGAAGUCCUCGUGAAAGGGUUUCAUAUCUAGCCUACCCCAACUUGUUUGGGAUAAAAGGCUUCGUAAGUAAGUAAGUAGGUGAUAUCAAUUAAUGGAGUUUAACAAAAUGAAAUGUUAUCUGUUUGUACAGGAACUUAACCAAGCUGUUUGCGGACCCAAACUUCAUCAAGUUAUCUCUGGCUGAUUCUCGGUUUUCGUUCAGAUGGCCGCUGAACUGAUGAACCGUUCCCGUGGCUUGGCCGAAGGAGCUGUGGUCAUGGUAUGCCCAGUGCUUCUAGCACUGGCUCUUGACAAGGUCGACCUCAAAGUGUAUGGACGCCCUGCUUUCUUCGCCAUGCUUGCCAUGGCAGGUAUCACUUUAAUAAGCGGAAUCUGCCCCUUGCUCGUGUGCUGCUUCUCCAAGAGGUUCCCGAACAUGGGUAACAUCGAACCUGCCCCGGUGACCGCGAGCCUGGCAACCCUCUCAUCUUCUUGCCUCCUCAUCCUCGCCUGCUUCAUCGCGCAGCUCGUUGUCUCCAAACAAGUUUUAAUCGCCGUGGGCGUCCUAUGUGGAGCCUUCAUCCUAGUUCGAGCGGUCUCGUACUGCCUCGGCGGAAAUGGUGACCCGUAUUCACUGUAUCUGCACAAGGUACUGGAUGAAUCGCAUGAGUUCUUGACGGGCGUCACUGGAAUCAUCUUUCUGGGGCUUGAAGGUUUGGCACUGGAAGGUCAUGAGAAUCAGAUGGUUCAGAAGGCCGGGCCUGUGGGCACCAUCAGCUUCAUAGUUUGCGCACUUGGUGUGUGCAUGAUGUACCUCGAGAUGAUCCCCCCUUUAUACUUCGAGGAAAGGGGAGAGGGAGAGAUUGUGUGUUUAACUCUGAUGCUCGACAGCAUCAUGGCUGGUGGUACCUUCACGGUGUUGUUGGUUGUCAUGUUUAAGCUCAUGGGGCCUCCAGCCCUGAUGCUCUUUGCUCCUCCAGUAUUGAUAAUCGUCGAACUUGCGUAUCAAGUUGCCGUCGAUCGGAGAUCCCUUCUCGCCGACCAAGCACCCGGAGUUGUCCAAGCGUCCACAACGGCUUCGUUGGAACUGACAAGAGUCACCUUCACUGGAUUCUUGGCUGUGUCGAUAACAACCAUCCGCAACACUUCGUCCAGCAUGUUGACCUGUUGUUUCCUACUAUUUGCAGCAUCGGCUAUUGUGUUUGGUCUCACAUGGAGGCUCCUGUCACAGACCCAGAUAAGGAGCCGUCUGGCCCAUCGUGCUUUAUCAGAUCUUGUUGCUUCCUCUGCCGACCUGGCUUCCUUGUGCACGCAUUUCUGCAUUGUAAUUGCUACGAUUCUAUUCCUAGCAAUGGCCGGGACAACCACAGAAAAAUGAUGCCAAGUAGUGAAGCACUAUGUGUGAUAUUUCCUCCGACAAAAUUUGUUAGUUGCACCUGCGCUCAUGCGCUCUAACAUGUUUGUUCUAUAUCUAUAAUAUUGGGUUCAAUUCUUUUUUUAAAAUGCAUACGAUCAAUUGGCUAUCAUUGAAUGGUCUUCCAAUCUGUCACAUUCGUGUCUGACUUCCACAUCUCCAAUUUUUUACAUGCUUCUUCGUACAUCCACGGUUUCUAUGUUAUCCACGAAUGUAAACUAAUCCAUCCCUAAAUGUAAGUCUUAUUUGGAUUGCUUGCAAGGCAAACUUUCUUAAGUUUGAUCAGGCCCCAAUACAAUUUACUUAAAAAAAUUAGGAGAAGUAUAAACAUAAUUUACAUCCCUGACGCUAAUAAUGAAUUUUGUGUUCUUUUAAAGGGGGGGUUGAAACUCCAGGCCUCUACACCAUUGUCAGGCACACAUCCAUAUUUUAUUGUAGUUGAUGUAAGGCAAUGAGGCCAAAAACAUCAACAACCAGAGUACAUAACAAUAUAACAUAGUCAAUCACAUUCGAACCACUACAAGAUACGACCCCAACGAUUAAGUCUGAUUUCUUCCGCGACAACAACUCCAAGAAGGAAUAAAUGCCCUCGCCAUCCACAUUUGGAUAUGACCUAGACAAGGAUUUUCAUCUUAGUUGUCGAUAACAACCAGUGAACACCAGCACAACAAAUAGACAACAAGAUACGACGCCAACGAUUAAGUUUGAUUUCUUCUGCAACAACAACUCCAAGAAGGAAUAAAUGCCCUCGCCUCACCGUAUCCACGUUCGGAUAUGACCUAGACAAGGAUUUUCAUCCUAGUUGUCGAUACCAACCAGUGAACACCAGCACAACAUGUAGACAACAAGAUACGACGACAACGAUUAAGUCUGAUUUCUUCCACAACAACUCCAAGAAGGAAUAAAUGCCCUCACCUCACCGUAUCCACAUUCGGAUAUGACCAGACAAGGAUUUUCAUCCUAGUUGUCGAUACCAACCAGUAAACACCAGCACAACAAGUAGACAACACAUUCAACAAGGAGAUGAUACAAGUUCGUCAUUACUAUGCCCGAUCAAUAAAUGCUAGGACAAGAGUUUUCACCCGGACAUGAAAUGGUGCUCCCGUCAUCAUCUUGAUGAUGGAUCUUCCGAUAGUCACAGGAAAAGGCACUAGUAGAUUGGACGUCUUCCAACCUUACAAUAAUGAGUUUUGUGUUAAAAGACCCCAAAGCACUAUUUGCAGAAGGUAAAGACCAAAAAGAUAGAGAGAACAAAAUAUAGCUGAUAACAAAGACCACUUAAAUCCAAAAAAAAAUACAAUUAUGGCAAGGAACUGCUAUGAGUACUCCCUUAUGUAGCUCUUUAAGUAUAGGGACGUUCUAAAUAUUAUGCCGCUGGGCAAGAGGAAAGAGCAGACGGUUUACAAUAGAUUUCCCGUUUGAUAUAUAGUUGUUUUGUCCAUCAUAAUAGCAUCGUGCUAAUAUACCGUUCCAGACAUC